UUGCUCUGACUUGACAACAGGCGCACUUCAAUGCCAACUUUUGCAGCGCGCACAGGCGCACUGUUCACUGCCAAACAAGGCUGCACGGAACUGACAGGACUUCAUGCUGCAGUCAGGUCGAAGAAAACAGAUUUUCUUUUUCAUAACUAAUAUACAUAUACAUAUCUAUUUAAUUUAGAGGAAUCUAGCGGCUACAUAAAGAGCGCCAGGGCGCCUGGUGACAUUUCUGUGGGCAUUUUAUUCAGUUUUGAAGCGGGCAAUCUUCGGAAUAAUGUGGGGAAUCCAGAGAAGUCGGUACGCGGACUGCAACGGCUCUGAAGCGAGUGAAGAGGCGGAGAUCGUGGUGAACAUCGGCGGAGUGAAACAGGUGUUGUAUGGCGACGUGUUGAAUCGGUUCCCGGAGACCCGACUGGCAGAGCUGGUGGACUGUUCUCUGAAGUCUCCCGAAGAGAUAUCCUCACUGUGUGACGAUUAUGACCCAGACACCGGGGAGUUUUAUUUUGACAGGGACCCUGAGGCAUUUAAGUGUAUAGUAGAGCUGUAUUAUUACGGAGAGGUACACAUGAAAAGGGGCAUCUGUCCGAUUUGUUUCAUGAAGGAGAUGGACUUCUGGAAAAUCGGCGCCGAUUUUUUGGAUGAAUGCUGCAAAAGCAACCUUAAAGAGGUUCAGGAUGAACUUGCAGAGAUCGCAGAGAGAGUGAGGACUAUCUUGGUGGACAGAGAGGGAGACCCGUCAGCUGGAGGCUGCCAGCGCUUCCAGGCGUCCCUUUGGAGGCUGAUGGAAAAGCCGGAGUCCUCAGUGCCUGCGCACGUCAUUGCCAUACUUUCUUUCAUCUUUAUCCUCGUCUCCUCUGUGGUGAUGUGCGUCGGGACAAUCCCCGAGCUUCAGGUGGAGGACUCCGAUGGCAACCUCACGGAGCACCCCACUCUGGAGGUCAUCGAGACGGUGUGCAUCGGUUGGUUCACCAUCGAAUACCUCCUGCGUCUGAUCUCAUCUCCAAACAAGAUCAAAUUCGUCCUGUCUUUCAUGAACAUCAUCGACUUCAUGGCGAUCAUGCCCUUCUACGUGGUGCUGAUUCUGACCUCCUUCGGCGCCGGAGUGAUGGAGCUGGCCAACGUGCAGCAGGCGGUGCAGGCUUUGCGCAUAAUGCGCAUUGCGCGCAUCUUCAAGCUGGCGCGCCAUUCAUCCGGUCUCCAGACGCUCACAUCUGCGCUGAAGAGCAGCCUGAAAGAGCUGGGUCUGCUCCUCAUGUACAUGGGGGUGGGGGUGUUCCUCUUCUCGGCGCUGGGCUACACUAUGGAGCAGAACCACCCGGACACGUUGUUUACCAGCAUCCCGCAGUCGUUCUGGUGGGCUGUGAUCACUAUGACUACUGUGGGCUACGGGGACGUGUACCCUAAGACCACUUUAGGCCGGUGUAACGCGGCCAUCAGUUUUCUGUGCGGGGUCAUCGCCAUAGCGCUGCCCAUACACCCCAUCAUUAACAACUUUGUGCUGUUUUACAACAAGCAACAGGUGCUGGAGACCGCAGCCAAGCAUGAGAUUGAACUGAUGGCGCUGCGCUCCACUGAAGGCGAACUGAGGGCUGCACCCGAGCACCGUGAACAUGUUUGCGGUAGCCGGGUUUGGGACACCUCCAUGAGCUCCUGUCACAGCGAUACGUUCCUACCUCUGCUGAAGGACACCAGGGGAGGGCCGAGUAUGCAAACCCCGAGCAUGGAGACUAGCUUUGAGAGCACAGCAGAGGCCUCAGAAUAUUUCAUCUCAUGAAUUUGGAAAAACUUGUCUUAUCUGAUAAGAAAAAGCAUCCACAAGAUGAUCUAAUCACUUUUUUAUUUGAAGUACUAUAUAUGUAUGGGAGAUUGGUUAAGGAUUUGAAAAUAUCCCCGCUCUCAAAAUAAGAUUAAACAGAAAAAUGCAUUAGCUUUGGACCUGAUUCACAGCGAACCCAGAUUUGCAUAUGGCCUCCACUUGAACACCCAUACAGGCAUCUUACUUCAGCCAACAUUUACAUAUGCUGCCCAAAUAGUUAGAAAAUUACCUGACAAUGGGGUCCCAGUAAGGACUGUAUGCAGGUCACAUUAGGCUCAAUGACUACAUUAUUUGCCACUGAGGGGUUCUGGCAGCUUUUUCUGUCCAGGCAGCAAAAAUUUCCAUAUGGAACCAAACGUGUAGGGAAAAGUAAUAUUUACUAGACCUUUUUAAAGUGAAUCUAUUUUUGCUGAGUGGUAUUGUUACAACAUUUGUUUUUAUGUUGGUAUGUUAUGAAGGUAACAUUGGAUCCAUUAUGCAUAUAUUAUAAGGGUAGGAAAUGGGCUGAAAAUAACCCCCACAUGUAUUUUACCACAGGUUGAAUAAUUGCCCCAUGUUAUUUGCCUAUACUUUGCCUAUUGCAGGGAAUCCAUGUUUCCUGAAAGGUUUUCCCUAUGUCAGCACCUUAUGCCAUGCUACCAUUUACAUAUGCGGCCCAAAAGGAUUGGAAAUAUUGAAGCUUUUGCUCAGUUGCAAUUGAUUCACUGUGAAAAGGAAAUUUAACUAUGUUCUUAUUUUUGCAUUUUUCAGUAAGUACCUAUUUGAAGAAGGUUUUUCUUCGAAAAGCCACUUUUCCCCAUUUAGGCAUCUGAUCAAAGUUAACAUUUACACAUAAUGCCAGUAAGACAUGGGGUUUAAAAUGGGCCUCAGCUGUGCUAAAUACCCCCAUGUCAUUUGCCUAUAUAUCAAUCCUUUCACAGAUAACAGUGGGUUUAUGUUUGUUCAGCUGUUCUAUUCCAGCAAUUAGUUUUUCUCUUUUAGUCAUCUCAUGAAUGCCAAUAUUUAAGAAAUGGGGGACAUUUUGGUAGGACAAGGGUUGAAAGCAGGCCCUACAUGGGCAGGUUGUAUGAAUGGAGGUUAUACUGUAUGUUAUCUGAUUAUACUUAUUUGAUACAACUCAAAUCCGGGUACAAAGAUUCCCCAUAUUCAUCUAUUUCAUCGAUUUUGAAUGUAUAUUCAUUAUACCCAAGUGAGACAUGAGGUUUGUCUAGUAAACCCAAGUUGGACCCAUACAUGAAGCACAUUGUGAGCUCACACCCACCUACUACAGUAGCCAUCAAGUCUGAGCAAAAUCCACAAACACAUACUGGUUGUGAUUUAACACUCCCAUACAACUAAAUUUCACUUAUACUGUAGAUUGGUCUGUAGCUUCUUUUUUUCAUGUGAGGCAGCUUGUUCAGGAGAAAAUUAAGAAAAGUCAAAUACCUUCAUGAUAACUGUAUAAGCAUAACAAAAAACAAAUCAGAUUGUACUGUGCUUGUGAUUUAAUUAUCUACAUUUCACUGGCGUUGCUGGAAGCAUAGAAUUGCAAACCCUCAAGGACUCUUAAAUGUUGUUUAUCACCCGUGAUUUACAUCAGCGUGAUUAUUGUUUUUAUGUCAGUGUAGGGUGAAAUCUGAUGAAAAAUGCGCAAGAGUUUUUGCAGCAGCUGCGUCAUUUGCCUGAUUUUUUGUUAAGCAGAUUUUAGGGGCUUUGAAUGUUCCUUUUUCUCCAGGGUUCGUUCCAAGUUGCCAUCUUUCUGCUGAUAAAAGAAGCAAAAAUCAGGAGGUGAAGAAAUCCCAAACCACAUGACUAUACUCCAACAAAAUCAUCAGUAAAAUGAAACAUGAAAAAAUGAGGAGCUGUGUGGAAUAUGUAUUUUAUUGUGAUUAAAGUUGAAUGCAGCAUU